GCCCUGAGCUAUUCUGUGGACAGUAAUGACAAAUGGAGUGGGAGACAGCUACUGCAAGCAAGCGAGGAGAACGCGACUGACAUCCCGGAGGACGGGGGGCAGCCGUACGUCAGAAACUGCACUGAACCAGCUCUCCAUGAGUUCCCCAAUGACAUCUUCACGAACGAGGACAGGAGGCACGGAGCUGUGGUCCUGCACGUCCUUUGUGCCGUGUAUAUGUUUUAUGCUUUGGCGAUCGUCUGCGAUGAUUUCUUUGUCCCUUCGUUGGAAAAGAUUUGCGAACGCUUGCAUCUUAGCGAAGAUGUGGCCGGGGCAACUUUCAUGGCGGCGGGAAGCUCCGCUCCCGAGUUGUUUACAUCUGUCAUAGGUGUUUUUAUCACAAAAGGAGACGUGGGCGUUGGAACCAUCGUAGGCUCAGCUGUAUUUAACAUCCUCUGUAUUAUUGGCGUGUGUGGGCUUUUUGCAGGACAGGUCGUUGCAUUGUCAUCGUGGAGUCUCUUGAGAGAUUCAAUCUACUAUACACUGUCUGUUGUUGCACUUAUUGUGUUUAUUUAUGACGAAAAGGUUUCCUGGUGGGAGUCCUUAGUCUUAGUGCUGAUGUAUGUCAUCUACAUCGUUAUCAUGAAGUACAACUCAACCAUACAUCACUGCUUCGAAAGGAAGACAAAAAACUCUGCAAACAUGGUGAACGGUUUAGCAAAUAACACGGAAAUGGAUGAUAACAGCAACUGUGAUGCCACAGUGGUAUUACUAAAGAAAGGUAACUGUUCCAGAAAUUUCCACCGUAAAGCCUCUGUGAUCAUGGUGGAUGAGCUGCUGUCUGCCUACCCACACCAGCUUUCAUUUUCUGAGGCUGGGCUCCGGAUCAUGAUAACCAGCCACUUCCCUCCCAAAACACGUCUCUCUAUGGCCAGCCGAAUGUUAAUCAAUGAGAGACAAAGGCUGAUCAAUAGCAGGACUUACACCAAUGGUGAGUCAGAAGUAGCAAUCAAAAUACCGAUCAAACACGUGGUUGAGAAUGGGACAGGCCCCAGCAACUCUGCUGAGCGGGGCGUGAAUGGCACACGGCGGGAUGAAGACAUGGCUGAGGCUGGGAACGAGACAGAUAACGAGAAUGAGGAUAAUGAGAACAACGAAAACGAUGAAGAGGAGGAGGAGGAUGAUGAUGAUGAUGACCAUGAAGGGCCAUACACACCUUUUGACCUACCCACUGGCAAGAUAGAAAUCUUGAAGUGGCUCUUUACAUGGCCAUUGAGUUUUGUCCUGUACUUCACAGUGCCCAACUGUAACAAACCCCACUUGGAAAAAUGGUUCAUGGUUACCUUUGCUUCUUCUACCCUCUGGAUUGCAGCUUUCUCCUACAUGAUGGUGUGGAUGGUGACAAUCAUUGGUUACACACUGGGAAUUCCAGAUGUGAUCAUGGGCAUCACUUUCUUGGCAGCUGGAACCAGUGUGCCAGACUGCAUGGCAAGCCUUAUCGUAGCAAGGCAAGGUAUGGGGGAUAUGGCUGUGUCCAACUCCAUCGGAAGCAAUGUUUUUGAUAUUUUAAUUGGCCUAGGCCUCCCAUGGGCUUUGCAGACUCUAGCAGUGAAUUAUGGAUCAUACAUUCGGUUAAACAGCAGAGGACUUAUCUAUUCUGUUGGUCUCCUGCUGGCAUCGGUUUUUGUCACAGUGUUCGGCGUCCACAUGAACAAAUGGAAACUGGAUAAGAAGCUAGGGUGUGUGUGCCUUUCCCUUUACGGCAUCUUCCUGUGUUUCUCCAUCAUGACAGAAUUCAAUGUUUUCACUUUUGUGAACUUGCCAAUGUGCAGAGAUCACUAAUGCAGGUGGCAGACUGUUGGGAGGAACUUCCUUCUUACCUGUGCAAUACAAACCACGGCUGGCAUCUCCUGAAUGCGGUGCAUCUCCAAGUCGUGACAUAUAUCCUGUUCACUGUUCAUAGGACCCAUGGCCCCAUCUAGGCCUGCCCUCUCCCUGACCCUCCACAACCUGGAAAAAUCCUGCAUCGAUGUGAAGAUCAUUUUUUUUCACCAUUCAUGUGAUUUCCUAGCUCAGUUCUUGAACAGUGUGACUGGGGCUCUAGAUGAACUGGCUGCUAACUGGCGUCAAGCCAGGCAAAACUGGUCUGCUACAGUUCCUUCUUUUUUUUUUUUUUUAAGUUAUUUGAUGGAAGACUAAUCUAAUUUAUGACUUAAGACUAUUGCUACAAUGCAGAAGAGGAUACAUCGUACAGGGGCUGAUUUUCAAGGAUAAUCAUGGGAAUUUUUUUGGUUGGUUUUUUUUUAGUUUUUUCAGGGGGGAGGGGAAUUGUGGUUUUAUUGGGUUUUUUUUUUUUAAUUGCCAGAGAUGAACGUCCUCCCUUGCAGCUUCUCCUUCUGAGCGCUGGGUCUCCUGUAACGAUCCAAACGUCACAGGGCAGUGUAAUAUGGGAAUACAAUCCAAGGUACUCGGCAUAUGGAUGGAUUUACUGCAUAUUAAAAGAAGAUUGCAAGGCAACAGAUGAUGACUUUUACCAUAAAUAGUGAAUCUUGUACAGGUGUGAUGAGGAAUGCAAGGUAAAUGUGGAUCCAAAGGGUAAACACUGCAACCAUUUUACUACUAACCAACGUUGGAGUUUUAUUACUGGGGUGUUUGUGGUAUUUCCAAGCAAUAGUUUGAUGGCCAGCCCAGGAGGGCUACCAAGGAGGUGUCCUGGUUUUUAACAAUCUGCACAUGGAAACGGAAGGUCAGAACUUUCUCUGCUUCGUCAGAUUUCUUGUUUUGGGGGGAUUCAAUAGUUCAUGUCUUAUCCGUUCUGAGAAGGACAUAAGUACGUGUCGGACCUUUUCUAAAUGAGUUACAGACACUGGUUUCUUUAAAAGGAAAGAGGCAUAUUUUGCACAGACAUAGUUGCUGAAGUCGUAAUUUGCCACUCUUUAAAGAAUACACUGGACCUGGCCAGAUAUUUGUUGUCUUAAGCAGGUGAACUUAUCUGAUAACAGAUCAUGUGGAUUCAUCACCCCUCCUUUGGGAGGGAGGAAGACACAGAGAGAGAUGGCACUUUUUAAAAUGUGGAAUAUCUUCAACGCAGACUCGCUCACAGAUCUUAAGUUAUUGUGAAAGUUUAGCUAUUCAUUGUUCCAGUAUCCCUGCUAGAUUUUGUAUAAUUCUGUAUUAAUAUGCAGGCAGAUUCCACCCCAUGAGAAACACCAUCACAGCUUCAUUUGUAUGUAUUGAUACUGUGGAUUCUUGCCAGUGCUGGCUCUUGUAUUUACUUUAAGCACUGAUCACUUCCGAUUCAUUUGGUAUGUUUUUUCCUCUUUCUUGUAUAUGUUCUACUAUGAAAUGUAUUAAGAUACUACCAGCUAGGUGAAUGGUUUUGUCUAUGGUACAAACAGUGGCAAAUAUUGGUAGUAAAGGCACAGAAAACCCUAUGUAAAAGAAAGAAAGGAAAAAA